AUGAGAUUUACGUUAAUAAUUUGUUUUUCCGUAGUUUCUACACGUUGCGUUAACAUGUGGGACGAAGGCUGCGCCAAUGGUCAACUUCCGGGAUCAGGGGAUGAUGACGACUACCUAAACGGGGGGUUCAACCCUGGAAAGCGCUGCAUCAACAUGUGGGAUGAGGGAUGCGUUAAUGGACAACUUAAUGGAGCUGGUGGCGAUGAUGGAUAUCUUAAUGGAGGCUUUAAUCCUGGUAAAAGGUCCCUCGAGGCAUUGAUUGCAAAAUUAAUGAAAUCACGUCAUUAUUAAUUCAUUUAAUCAGAUUGGAAAUGCAAUUUUCCACGGCAAAAAUUAUAAUUUGUUUACAGACAUUUUUCAAUAUAUGAUAAACCUU